CGCUGGCCUGGCAGCCUCGGGGUGGGGGAGGUCGGGGAGGGGGCGAUAAAAUGGCGCAGGGGCGGAGUGAGGCGCAGUCGCUCGCCUAGGUUUCGGCCCGGCUCCCGGAGGAAGGUGGGAGUCAAUCAUUUUGACAAGUCUCCUGAAAGGAACAGCUAGCAGGAGCUGAACCCUUUUUCCAUUUGGUCUCGUGGCAAAGGCAGAGAUCACACCAGCAGCUCCACACAGUAUGAGAGACAGUUCUUUAUCUUCUUAUAUGACGUGCUCAGUAGUGCCCUCUGAACAGUCUUCUGGUACCUCUCUCUUGCCAUUUUCUUGGGAUUCCUUGGAUGAGGAUGGAUUGGAUGACUCCUUGCUGGAGCUGUCUGAUGGGGAAGAUGAUGGCCAUUUCAGUUUCACGGAGGAAGAGAUUCAGGAGCUCUUGAAGGAUGAUGACCUAUCAAAUGAGCACUUUUCUAGGGGAGGAGGGUUGCCUAACGAUGACAGCAGGAAUGCUGAGAAGGGAGGGAAAGGGAGUCAAAUUCCACUUGAUACUCCCCAAGAGAAAAGUUCGUCGUGCAGCUUGGGACCAGAAGCUGAGACCUCUGGCCUCUUCAAACUACCUCAACUAAGUACAUCAGUUGGUCAUGGACCAACUCCUACUAAACCAUUGAACAGACGCUUUGCACUAGAAAAGAAUCUUAUAAAAGUUACAGUUGCACCAUUUGAUCCAACAGUUUGUGAUGUUGUACUUGAUAAGGACAAGACUGAUACAGCCAAAGUUACUGAAAAACCCCCCUCCCUUGGAGAAGAGAUGAGAGAAGAUGGUCUUAGCUCAAAUGAGAGCACACUUUGCACAGAAUCUGAAGGGAUCAGCCCCAAUAACUCUGCCUAUGAUGGGCCCCCGCUCCCUUCUUCAAACAAUAACUUUCAACAAACUGUCUCUGAUAAAAAUAUGUCUGACAGUAAGAAACCUACACCUGUAUUCUCUCAGAUCUUGGACCAUUCAGAGACUCCUUCUAAUACGGGGUCAUCCUGGAGAAAUGGAUCACAUAAAUCAGGUGUUGAAAUGAGGUUUCCAGUUGUUUCCAGUUCAUCAAACAAACAGGAUGUUCUUGACAAGGAUUCUGGGAAGCUGAAGGUCCAUGAGAAAAGACUGGGCAAAGUCAUUCCUGUUCUGCAAACCAAAACAAGGACUAAUGUUCCGACGUUUUCACCAUCAGAUCUAGAAAAGCAGAAGCAGAGUUAUCUCAGGAAUGUCAUUGCUCAUAUAGAAGACCCAGUGGACACUAACCAAGGUACCUUGGGGGAGCUGUGUGCCUUGAUGGAUCAAGUUCAUCACGUGCAGAGCCAAAAAUGGCAGCAUCCUUCGGACCUCACCAGACGAAACUACGCCCGGUUCCGACAGAAAUCUCUGCAAAGAUACAGUCUGACUCAGUGGGUUGACCGGAACAGGAGAAGCCACCAUCGGUUCCAGCGUCUACCAGACUUCUCAUACAGUUCAUUUGUCUCCUCCCAUCAGCAGUGAAGGUCCCUAUCCAGGGUCCUGUCCAGAGCAGCAUCUCAUCUUCUUCUGCUGUUUUGUGCUUUGUAGAUGUUGAAAUUUAUUUUUCAUAACAUUUUUAUUUAAAGAACUUGUCACCUUUUGGAAA